UACAACAUAUUUUGUUAACAUUUUAUUUUGCAGAUGGUGAUAGAAUUGGUUCAAUGCGAUGGCUGCAAUGAGGCUGUUAGUUAAAAUAGUCGGUGAUCUCAUUUGUUUUCUGUUUUACCUUAUUUUCAUCAAGUUUUAUGUUCGUUUCGUGCCACCUUUUAAAAGGGGAUUCAAUUGCGAAGAUUCCUCAAUAAGAUACCCUUAUAAGGCUGAUACGGUAAGCACACAGUACCUCACAGCGUAUUUUAUAUUACUUCCCAUAUUGGUAUUCUCGACCUUCGAAGCGGCGAUCUUCCCUUGGAAACAGACGAACGUGAAAAAAAGGAAGUUCUUCUUCAUAAUUUACAACAUUUUAGCCGUUUUCGCUUUUGGCAUUGUAACGUCGUACUGCUUGAUAGUUGUUACGUCCUACACGGUAGGAAGACUUAAGCCUCAUUUCAUUGACGUCUGCAAGCCGAAUAUCGACUGCAAGCUGCCGGAAAACCAAUUCAAGUACAUAACGCAAUACACCUGCACGUCAAACGACACGACGAAGAUUGCACACGCUCGGCUAUCCUUCCCUUCAGUUCAUUCUUCAACGGCCAUGCUGUCCACCGUCCUCAUUGUGCUGUACGUGGACGCCAAGGUAGUGUGGAGGGAGUUCAACUUGUUGAAACGCUUCAUCCAGGCGAACAUUUUUGCGGCUGGGGUCGCCGUCAGCAUCUCUCGUAUCAGCGACUUCGAUCAUCACUGGAGCGACGUGGUCGCAGGAAUGGCUUUCGGCGGUACUUAUGCGUUUUUCAUCGCUGUCUUCGCCACAGAUUGGUUCCAUAACAGACGGAAAAUUGGGAAACUCACGGCUAAAGAAAGAUAACUUCAAACCAACUGAUUUGAAACGUCUUCCCAAACAUUUUGGCAUUCAAUGGAAAAUUUCUCCAGCGCAGUUUUCAGUUCUUCCAUCGAUGCAAAAGUGACCGGUGAAAAUAUAUCGUUAUUCAUGAAACAGAUAUUUCUUUUUUAUUAUUAAUACAAGCGUCUAUUCCCUUUGCUUUGCCUUUAUUGAUAAACUAUAUUGUAUUAUAACAACAAAUUAUGUCCAGGCUCUCCCCUCCAUGCUGGAGGCAGGAAAGCGAGAACGAAAAAUUCAGUCUAGCCUAGGCAUUGGAAGAAAAACAAUAAGAAAAAAAUCCAGCUGAAA